UUACGACGUGUUAAACAGUAAAUGACCGCCUGUAGGAACACGGUAUCCUCUAGCAGAGAUGAAUAUUUUUGGUACUGAUGAUGCGUGAUGACGCAGAGGGAUGAGCCUGACUGUCCCAGCCAGCAUCCUCCGUCCUCCCGUUACAUUCCUCAUCUUUCAGAGCGUGGAUCAGUUUUCCUGAGCGCUGACGGCCGGCUGCUUCGUCACACCCGCACCGGCGGACACAAUGGCAAAGUUCCUGACUCAGGAUCAGAUUAACGAGUUUAAGGAGUGUUUCUCGCUGUACGACCGCCAGCGAAAAGGCAAGAUCGAAGCCAAGGAGCUGAUAACAGUGAUGCGAUGCCUCGGGUCGAGCCCCACCCCCUCCGAGGUCCAGCGCCACCUCCUGAGCCACAACAUGGACCAGGAAGGAGAGCUGGACUUCUCCACCUUCCUGCGCAUCAUGCACCGGCAGCUCCAGCAGGAGGCGCCAGAGCAGGAGAUUUUGGAGGCCAUGAGGAUGGCCGACAAGGAGCAGAAAGGCUUCAUCCUGGCCUCUGAGCUGCGAGCCAAACUCACCGGGCUGGGAGAGAAACUGACGGACAAAGAGGUGGACGAGCUGCUGCAGGAGGCGGGUGUUGGAGCAGAUGGGCGGGUCCACUGCGAGCAGUUUGCUAAAGCGGCAACGCGCUGCCACAUAAAGCACUGACAUCACAACUGACAUCAUCGCUGCUGUCGAAAACAACAGCAGUAUGCUGUGCUCAAGCGUCUCCACGUAGUUAGAGUGUAGAUAAACUCCAGACGUUUGGAGGCAGACGGAAUAUUCGCAGCUGGAAGGAGUCUUUCCUUCGUAUUUUUAUUAAAAAGUAAACAAAACAAAGGGACCAUCUGACGUACAACAUACAGUAAAAAUAAAAUGUUUUGUUCAGAAAA